CAACAAACAAGAGCGCCUUGGAUUGAGUCUGGUUGCUUUAGUGGAAAUGUGUUUUAACGUUUUGCUGCCUGCAUCCAGUAUUCAGACAGGCGCGUGCGUUAAAAAAUACUCGAUGUAUUCUCUUCCCAUCGUCCAUGUUUCUGGACAUGCAGUCAUAACAACAACCUCAUAACCGACACAGUGAAGGUGAUGAAGCUGAUGGUGAAAUGGUCAGAUCCGAGAGACUACUUGAGAAUAUAUGCAUGCACCUGAUGUGUGAAGGGCAAGAAGGAGACGCAGAGUGCGGGUGGGUAAUGUGGCGUGGUUCAUGCAACUUCGCCCGGGCUGCCGCUCUUUACCAACCGUAUCGGGAGCAGCGGCGGAUGGGGUGACUUACCCGCAGGGGAAGACCCGGACGUGGGCCGCCACAUCCUGAAGCCAUCCCCGAGGUGUCUCUGUGGUGCUGGAGGGACGGGGGAAAGAUGCAGGAGGCGACGGCAGAUGGAGAGGAGCCCAUUCUGAACCGAGCUGAGAGGGAAGAGCAGCGUCCAGUGAAGCAGUCCUUGGCUGUCUCUCUGUGUCGAGAGUCUAACUGGAAGUGCCUUCUCCUCACUCUGCUCAUGUUUGGGUGUUUUGGUACAUUGGCCUGGUGCAAGCUGUGCAAAGUUCCAGUGCUAGCUCCGACAGAGCCAGAGGCUGCCGUUGUGGAGCCUGGAGACCCCUCUACGACCUCAGCAAUCUCCAAUGUCUAUAUCCCCCUAGAAGUGGAUCUGUAUAGUCCCUGUUCCAGCGGCUACAUUUAUAUUCCUCUCGCUUUCUUGGCCAUGCUGUAUGUGGUCUACCUGGUGGAAUGCUGGCACUGCUACUCCAAGACAGCCAUGUUGGCUCAAGCAGAGGUUGCGGAGGUGUAUGAGCGUGUACAGAGGCUGCAGCAAGCAACACCGUGCAUUUGGUGGAAGGCCAUCAGUUAUCACUAUGUGCGACGAACAAGACAGGUAACGCGCUACCGCAACGGGGAUGCCUAUACCACUACGCAAGUGUAUCAUGAGCGUGUAAACACGCAUGCUGCAAGUUUAGAGUUUGACUAUGCGAGGUAUGGCGUCAAAGAUGUUUCAAAGGAGCUAAGAGGCCUAAUGGAUUACCCAGCAGUACGGCUGCGCUUCACCAAAUGCUUUAGUUUCGCCAGUGCCCGAGCGGAGGCUGCCUACCUCACCCAGCGUGCACGAUUUUUUGGUGAAAACGAAGGACUUGAUGAUUACAUGGAGGCACGGGAGGGAAUGCAUUUGAAGAAUGUGGACUUCCGUGAGCACAUCCUUGCUUUCCCAGACUCAUCCAGACAGCCCUGGUAUGCCAGGUGUAAAAUUUUCUGGCUGGCCUCAGUCCUGCUUCUGUCCUGGCCAUUUCGGGUUGUAGCAGAGUAUCGUACUGCAUAUGUGCACUACCAUGUAGAGAAAUUGUUUGGUGAGGCUGAUGAUAACAGUAGGGGUGACGUAACUGAGAAUGGUGGAGGCAACGAGAGUGGAAACGGACCUGGAUCUGGGACUGGAUCGAGCUAUCCUGCCAUUUCACGUGUCAAUACGGUGGACAUGACAGAGCUGGAGUGGCACAUUCGCUGCAACCAGCAGAUGGUGCCAAGCUACUCUGAGGCUCUGUUGAUGGAUCCUGGUUCAGGGGGUAACCAAGGUACCAACACUCCUCCAGUUGGGCAAGGGACUAACUCAACAGUGGGUGGCCCAACUCUUCCAGUGGCCUUUGCUUCGGCGUACUUGCUCCAGAAUUGUCCUCGUUGCCGCCGCACCACAAGCAGUGCUUCCCUGCCAUCCCGGCUGAGAGGCCCGACUGCAGCCCUGCUGAGUGGAACCAUGGGUGGGAUGAGAGCUAGUGGAUCAGGAGUUGGUCCUGGAGGACCAGGUCGGCUCGUUCUGAGCAGGAGUGGGUUCUCAUUAGGACGACUCCAAGCUCCUCGGCCAUCAUCCCUCUUCCACUCCCGAAGUGUCAGUGGAGGACUUGCGACAAGAGGAGAAGAGGCAAGUGGGGGAGCUGGUUUCUUAGGUUUGGGAACCAGACAAGAUGAAGAGAGCAGAAGAGUGCUGGGGGGAGAGGUUGAUGAGGAUGAGGAGGUGCCAAAUGUGGUGGAAAGAGAAGAAGGAGUUGAGAGAGACGGGGAGGAAAGAGAACAACAGGAGGAUGCAGAAGAAGAUGAAAACAGGGAGGGAGAUGGACCUCCUACAUAUCAGGAUGCCUUUUUCUUCCCGGUGUUGAUUGUGCAUGGAGAGGAGAGUUGCCAUUCAGAUGAUGACUGAGAUAGCAAAGGCACAGACUGAUUCGGUGGUGUCCAGUGUGGAGUCCAUGUUGGCGGAUGCUGCUCGACUACAAAUCCAGUGCAAGGAGCGCAGCGCGGAGCUGGCUGCAGCCUCAGUGGAGCUGCACGAGGAGACCCAGAGCCUGCGGGAGCACUGUGAGACCACACAGCUGGACAUGGCCCACCUCAGAAGGAUGCUAGACGAGCUACUGGAUACAAAGCAUGCCUACGAAGCCCGUGAGAGACAGACCCGAAAACUUAGCAAGCAGCUUUAAAGAAC